AUGUCAGGCGUCGUGGAACCCUCCACAAUACCAACCACAUCUAGCAAGGCUUUGUUGCAGCAUUUGAAUACCACCUUGUCGCCAGAAACUUCUUCUUUGUCCUCUUUACCGCAUCAACUCUUGACCUCCCCCCUUCGCGCCUUUCAACACGCCGAGACCUUUGCCCUCCGAACAGUUCCCCAAACUAUCGCUAGAAUAACCGGAAUUCAAGCCCUGGGCCGGAAUAUCUGGAGCGGGGCUGGUUCAGCGGCUGGAGCCAGCGGUGCGGCCGCAACACAUGCAGCAGAUAUGGCUGGAAACGAGUUAGCGGAUGUAGCCGGUCAGGAGAGUGGCUACUACAUUGCUGAGUUUUUGGGUGCGAUGAAGAAGCUCGGUGGAUUCUUUGGAUAUUUGACAAGCCUUUGGUCAUUUGCCUGUCUGGUAGAAGCGCUUAUCCUCAACCGAAUUACUAUCUAUGCGUCCACGCGGCGACACCUUCGACUAGGCUGGGAAAGGCGUGCGGCUCUCCGAUUGGUGCCAAUCGUUUUGUUUGUCUCCCAAAUCCUCAGCCUUCUCCGCGGAAUCCGAUGUCAGACAUCGCCGUCUUUUUCUACAAUGCGCUACGGGUACCCCGGAAAACAACUAGCGUUCGACUAUUCCAGUGAUGGGGGUGCUCUUUACUCGAUUAGCUCGACACUUCUGGGGUGGGAGUCUGAGGAACAGUCGUGCAGUGCUGUGAAGAUGGCGCGCGGAACCAAUCCCGGUAUCCCAUAUGGAUCAUUCUCCCUACUCUGGCCAACAUUCAUGCUCCUUUGUUUGAGUCACUUUAUUGAAACACUCUCAUGCGCACUACAAGGCAGGCCGGUGAUGACCGAGACGGGGAUGUCCAUCUUCGAGCACUCUAUUGCCUUCGCAGAAGCCGAGUCCAUGAUCAGUAAGUCCAUCGGACUUGGCCUGUUCGGCCUUCCCAAACAAAGCCCUCUCAGUGCGCUUUCGGGUGGGUCUGAUGACAGCUCAACUUCUGUCUUUGAACUACUCACAAGGUCGCAAGUCUUGGAGCGCAUGAAUGUCACACCCGAACUGUUACUCAUCGCAUUGAUCUCGUGCUGCAACAGUGCCACCUCCCACAUACUAGAAGUUUUUGGGAAGCAGAGCAAAUAUCGGCUUUUCAACACCGCCUUUUGGGGCGCCUGCUUCAUGAUAGCCAUGUUGUGGGGGUUAGAUGGCGGUCCGCCCGUCAGCCUGGAAACCGGCGUGCUCAGGUUCCCAACUGUUUGCAUUGUGGGAUUUAUCCCUCAUAUCUUCCUAUUGGGCGGCAUUGUGAUCUGUCUCUCAAUAUACACCUUGGCACUCACCAUCACCGCUGUUUCAUUGCCCUCGGAAGAUCGACCUGUUUCACUCUAUGACCGUUUCUUGAUGGCCCACGAGAAUAUGCAAGGAUCAAACCAGAUAAGGAGCAUCCGUAUAAACAGACACGAAGACUUUUAUACGACGUUGCUUCGAAUCGGCUACGUCGCGCUCACCGCAGCAAGUGAGGCUGUGUUCUUGAAUGAAGGAAAAUCAGUCGUCGCACGGCGAAUGACAUGGUUAGAAGAGGAUCGGCUUUCGGAGAUUGAAGCUUCGAGGCGGAAGUCUUCAUCAUAUGGCAAUUGGCGGAGCGAACCAAGCGAUUCCAGCAGUCGGCCUAUUGAGGCUAUGGGUUUCUCGAGUUUCGAUAUGCCGGAACCAUCUGCUUGGGAGAGUGGCUACAACCGCGAAAAGAAGGUUGAGAAACCCAAGAACGGUGCUCGAGCCGUUCAAUCUCGGGCGGAGCUUGGGGGUGUUGGCGCAGUGCGAGUAUCUAUCAGAUUAUGGCAUGCACUCUCGUUCUUCCGGGCAAUCUCCCUCAUAGUACUUCGUUGGCUUGCCUAUGGGCUCAAUAAUGUACUUGAUCGACUGAGAAUAAGCGCUCGGCCAAUGUGGCUAAAACGCAUUGUGGGCCACCGUGGGCAAAAGUCCAAUGACGGCAAGGUGAACCCAUCACAGCCAUUAGAUUUCUGGAUUCUCUCAGAAAAUGGAGAGCUUGAGCUCCCCGAUGAUCAUGACUUUGACGUCGAGAUCGAGAUGAGAAAACGAGAGCGCGCGAAUCGGCCAGACUGGAUGAGCUCGGAUGAAAGCCGGUUAGACGACAGACUGUACAGCUGGUGGAAAAUUGGCGGUGCAUGGGGAAACCAGGAUCAAACUUCUGAUUAUUCCCCGCCCUCGGAUGACUUUGACACCACGAGCGUGCUGUCUAUGUCUACCAAUGCCUCAGGGUCGGAAUGGGAGGAUUACCCAUCGGAAGAUGGUCGUCGGACUCCCACUCAACUCGAACCGUAUGCAGAUAGAGCAAGCCCACCACCCCAAGACCCCCUGAUCGACAUGAGCACACUCGCCCGCCUUCUGCACCCGCGCGAUCGCGAAAGUAGAGAAGAAGCCAGGAUUUUAGCUGCCCAUCUUAAAACAGACCAAGACAAUCCACAGAUCAUGACGCGCAGUCGCUACCAAAAACAAGUUGAACAGGAGAGAUCCCGGAUCAUCUUCUCAUCCCGUCUCCAGCAGCUCAACGCGAUGCAUUCAGGAUCAGAAUGCCGGAAACCUACCCCCGAAGAGGAAGCUGAACUUCUCGAAAAGCUCAUCCUUUCCCGUCGCUCGGAAACCUCCGGCAGUUCCGACGGCCAUACAUGGGAAUCGGGUGCAACAGGCCUCGGCCCUAAUGGCCCACCCUGUGUGGUCUGUCAGACAAGCCCACGGGCUAUCAUCACCUGGCCUUGUCGCUGUCUAUGUAUUUGUGAGGACUGUCGCGUCAGCCUUGCCAUGAACAACUUUGGUAGCUGCGUGACUUGUCGUCAAGAAGUCGUAGGAUUCAUGCGUUUAUGGGUUCCUUAA